AUCAUUGAAGAGUGGGGGAGUCUAUAAGACGGGAGCGCGCAGCUUUCACGGCAGCGCGCCUACACAGCUGUCAGCACCAAGGACAGCACCACUCUGGGACCAGCAGGGACGGAUCAGACCAGAUCCGUGUCUGAGGACCAGAAGACUCCUGUAGAGACCGGGAGAGAGCUGGAGAGUCCUGAGGAGAGCUGGGGGGGUCCUUGAAGGUCCUGGAGACCAUGCUGCGGCUGCUCUGUCAGAACCACUGCGGUUUUUGAGCACAGGCUCGCUCACAGUGGUUCAAAACCUGUGCGCAUUCCUCUGCAGAGCCUUUGAUUCCACAUUUCCCUCCCGUCCUUUUCCUCUUUUUUUCCGGCGCGCACAUCUGUCCCUGUCCGCGCUGCUUCUCCACACCCACAGCUCCAGCUGGUCGAACCGAACCGACACCGCAGAGAAACGCCGUCUCUGCAGCUGUGCCGCCUGGUGUUUCACACCACCAUGCGUCUCUUCCUCAUGGUGGCGCUCUUCUCCUGCUCGUGUGCGCCGGCGGGCUGCGAACCUAAGAUCGUCAACAUCGGUGCGGUUCUGAGCCAGAAACGGUACGAACAGGUCUUUAAGGACGCAGUGGCCCAGGCCAAUCAGGUCUACGGCAGGGAGAAGUUCAAACUGAACGCCAUCUCCGUCACCCACAAACCCAACGCCAUCCAGAUGGCGCUGUCUGUCUGUGAAGACCUUAUCUCCAGCCAGGUCUAUGCCAUCCUGGUGAGUCACCCUCCACAGUCCAGUGACCACCUCACACCUACACCCGUCUCCUACACCGCAGGAUUUUACCGCAUCCCUGUGGUUGGACUCACCACUCGCAUGUCCAUCUACUCAGACAAGAGCAUCCAUUUGUCCUUCCUGCGGACCGUCCCUCCAUACUCUCAUCAGGCCCAUGUUUGGUUCGACCUGAUGCGUGAAUUCAACUGGAACCACAUAAUUCUCAUUGUGAGCGAUGACCACGAGGGACGGGCGGCUCAAAAGAGGCUGGAGACCCUGCUGGAGGAGCGGGAGACCAAGAAUAAAAAAAGGAACUAUGAAAACCUCGACCAACUGUCCUAUGACAACAAGCGAGGACCUAAGGCAGAGAAAGUCCUCCAGUUCAGCCAGGAGACUAACUUAACUGCUCUGCUGCUGGAGGCCAAAGAGCUGGAGGCCAGGGUCAUCAUCCUGUCUGCCAGUGAGGAAGACGCUGCUGCUGUCUACAAAGCUGCUCGCUUCCUCAACAUGACUGGCUCAGGCUAUGUGUGGCUGGUGGGCGAACGGGAGAUGUCGGGUAAAGCCCUGAGUGAGGCACCAGACGGUCUGAUUGGCCUCCAGCUCAUCAACGGGAAGAAUGAGUCGGCUCACAUCAACGAUGCUGUGGCCGUGGUGGCUCAGUCCAUCCAGGAGCUGUUUGAGAAGGAGAACAUCACAGAACCUCCCAGAGGAUGCGUAGGAAACACCAACAUCUGGAAAACUGGGCCACUUUUCAAACGAGUACUGAUGUCCUCCAAAUACCCAGAAGGCCUUACUGGGAGGGUGGAGUUUAACGAUGAUGGUGACAGGAAGUACGCUCACUACAGCAUCUUCAACUACCAGAAGAGUCGCCUGGUUCAAGUCGGCGUUUACAACGGAACACAGGUGGUGAUGAACAACCAGAGGAAGAUCAUCUGGCCUGGAGGAGAGACAGAGAAACCACAGGGUUUUCAGAUGUCCACCAGAUUAAAGAUUGUGACCAUCCACCAGGAGCCCUUUGUGUAUGUGAAGCCCACCAUGCCUGAUGGAACCUGCAAAGAAGAAAUCACCUUAAAUGGGGUCUUAAUUAAAAAGGUUAUCUGCACUGGGCCAAAUGAGACCAUCCCAGGUCGUCCUACUGUACCUCAGUGUUGUUAUGGAUUUUGUAUUGAUCUACUGAUCAAACUGGCCAUGACCAUGAACUUCACCUACGAGGUUCACCUGGUCGCUGAUGGGAAAUUUGGAACUCAGGAGCGGGUGAACAACAGUAACAAGAAAGAGUGGAACGGCAUGAUGGGAGAACUGCUGGGAGGCCUGGCUGACAUGAUCGUGGCUCCACUGACGAUUAACAAUGAACGAGCUCAAUACAUCGAGUUCUCCAAACCUUUCAAAUACCAAGGCCUGACCAUCCUGGUGAAAAAAGAAAUUCCUCGGAGCACUCUGGACUCAUUCAUGCAGCCGUUCCAAAGCACCCUGUGGCUGCUCGUGGGACUAUCAGUGCAUGUGGUAGCAGUGAUGCUUUAUCUACUAGACCGGUUCAGCCCGUUUGGACGGUUUAAAGUAAACAGUGAAGAAGAAGAAGAAGACGCUCUCACUUUAUCAUCUGCCAUGUGGUUCUCCUGGGGGGUGUUGCUGAACUCUGGAAUAGGAGAAGGUGCACCACGCAGCUUUUCAGCCAGAAUCCUGGGCAUGGUGUGGGCUGGUUUUGCUAUGAUCAUUGUGGCCUCUUACACUGCCAAUCUGGCUGCCUUCCUGGUGUUGGACCGACCCGAGGAGAGAAUCACCGGAAUCAAUGACCCCAGGCUGAGAAACCCUUCAGACAAGUUUAUCUACGCCACUGUCAAGCAGAGCUCUGUGGACAUCUACUUCAGACGGCAGGUGGAGCUCAGCACCAUGUAUCGCCACAUGGAGAAGCACAACUACGAGAGCGCCGCUGAAGCCAUUCAAGCUGUACGGGACAACAAGCUGCAUGCUUUCAUCUGGGACUCUGCGGUGCUGGAGUUUGAAGCCUCGCAGAAGUGCGACCUGGUGACCACGGGAGAGCUGUUUUUCCGUUCGGGCUUUGGCAUUGGCAUGCGCAAGGACAGCCCCUGGAAACAGAAUGUGUCCCUGGCCAUUCUCAGUUCUCAUGAGAACGGCUUCAUGGAAGACCUAGAUAAAACCUGGGUGAGAUACCAGGAGUGUGACUCGAGGAGCAAUGCCCCAGCCACACUCACCUUUGAAAACAUGGCAGGUGUCUUCAUGCUGGUGGCUGGAGGCAUAGCCGCAGGGAUCUUCCUUAUCUUCAUCGAAAUCGCUUAUAAACGCCAUAAAGACGCCCGCAGGAAGCAGAUGCAGCUGGCCUUUGCGGCCGUCAACGUUUGGAGGAAGAACCUUCAGGACAAUAAGGAAACCUCUGGAAGUCAAGCUGCAGCUGGGACCCCUUCGUUACCCUCUUCCUCUGUAGAGACUCAGGAUGAUAGGAAAAGUGGUAGAGCAGAGCCCGACCCCAAAAAGAAAGCCUCUUUUAGGUCCAUCAGUACCACCCUGGCCUCCAGCAUCAAGAGACGUAGGUCCUCCAAAGACACGCAAUACCCACCCACUGACAUCACAGGCCAACUCAACCUAUCUGACCCGUCUGUCAGCACAGUGGUGUGAAGUGAGGAAGAGGAGAGAGGGUGAAUUGGAAACGAAACGAGGAGGAGGAGAAUGUAAGAACCUCCUUCCUGCUCCUUCAACGUUGGUGGCAGGGAUUUCUUCUUUUCUUUUUGUCUUGUUCUUUUCACCUCCUGCCAAUGGGGCUUCUGAAAGGAAAACUGCCUGAGACAGAAAAAAGAACUUGCACCUUUUUCAUUUAAAGUCAGGAUUAUCUGGCCAUUGAUGUUGGGUUCCUGAGCAUGUGCAGAAGUAGAAGGAAUACUGUCAGAAUCAUCUGCAUAUACAGUACGGCUCUUUUCUUCUGUGUGUAAUCCACUUAUUUACUUAUUUAACCAAAUCUGUUUACGUCCAUUUACUAUCAGAUAUUUACUUAAUGUUUGAUGUGUUUCAAUUAACUGAUGAGCUUUAUGAUAUCAUUUAGUUAAAAGUCACGUUUGGGUUUGUUAAAGGGAUAGUUCAGGUUUGUUUGAGGUCUGCUUGUUGAAAAAAUAUUUUAGACAUUUAAUUGUAACAUUCAGCUGAUAUUAGUUUUUUGAAAUUAGUUUUACAAUAUCUAAGGAAUGUGUCUACUACUCAGUUGUUUGGCAGACUUUCUCAGCAGUAUGCUUAAGUUUGCAAACUACAAUGCAAAACUCUUUAGAGAAAAUCAACAUUUUUUUAAAUCUAUUUGUUUUAUUGUCAUAGGAACACAGCUAUUUUGUGUGUUGUGUGAGUUACGCUGAGUUUUUGUGGGAACAAUUUGUUAUCCCCCUUAAAUACUUUAACUGACCGAAGGAGGCUAAAGGGAACCAGAAGGUUAUGAUUCCCCUUUGGCUAAAAUCACUGAUUUUCUCUAUGGACUUUGGCCUGUGUGUUGUAAUCAUUGACUUUCUCUAGUUUCACUGUUGAUCAGCUCUGUCAUACAACAACACAAAGGAGUGAUAAUGAGAAUCAGAUUAACCAAAAUGAUAAAUAUUAAAAACUUAGACACAGAUUCAGACAAACACGUUU